CGCGGAGCAUGGCCCGAGGCCCCGAGCGAGGCCGCGGCGACGCGGGCUGGGGGCUGCACGUCGCCCUGGCCGCGGUGGCGCUGCUCUCGGCGCUCAAUGCCGCGGGCACGGUGUUCGCGCUGUGCCAGUGGCGCGGGCUGAGCGCGGCGCUGCGGGCGCUGGAGGCGCAGCGCGGCUGGGAGCAGCGGGAGGACAGCGCCCUGCGCGCCUUCCUGGCCGAGCUGAGCCGCGCGCCCGCGCCCGCGCCCGACGCCGGGGGCGCAGCGCGCAACAAGCGCAGUCACGGCGGGGAGCCCGCGUCGCAGGUCCGCGCCGAGAGCCACGACAUGAUGAUGAUGAUGACCUACUCCAUGGUGCCGGCUCCUUCCUUGCCCUUGAAUUGCCCAAGAUCCAGAAGUUCUACUAAUUCAGUGAGACCCGGUCUCUGUACAGAGAGAAAACUGGAAGGUCUGAUCCGAGUGAUGGUGGACCUGUGCAACAGCACCAAGGGUAUCUGCCUGACAGGACCACCUGGCCCACCAGGACCCCCAGGAAUUGGCGGGUUACCAGGACACAAUGGAUCAGAUGGACAGCCUGGUCCCCAGGGCCUAAAAGGCGAAAAAGGAGCAAAUGGAAAACGAGGAAAAAUGGGGCUACCUGGAGCCCCAGGAAAUCCAGGGGAAAAGGGAGACCCUGGUGAACUGGGCUUGACUGGAAACGAAGGCCCAGCAGGACAGAAGGGUGAAAAGGGGGACAAGGGAGACGUGUCCAACGAUGUGCUCCCUGCAGGUGCCAAAGGUGACCAAGGCCCACCCGGCCCGCCAGGCCCACCUGGCCCCCCUGGGCCUCCAGGCCCUCCAGGUCCCCCAGGGCCCCCUGGAAGCAGAAGAUCCAAAGGGUCUCGGCAGCCAAACAUGUUCAACGGCCAGUGCUCAGGGGAGACAUGUGCUGUACCAAAUGAUGACACCUUGGUUGGAAAAGCUGAUGAAAAAGUCAAUGAACACCAUUCCCCACAAGCAGAAUCCAUGAUUGCUUCCAUUGGAAAUCCAACACAAGUAUUAGAAGUGACAGAGACAUUUGGCACUUGGAUACGAGAGUCCGCUAACAAGAGUGAUGAACGGAUCUGGGUGACUGAGCAUUUCUCAGGCAUCAGGGUGAAGGAAUUCAAGGACGAGCCCUCACUGCUGAAUGGCAGUUACACGCUUAUCCAACUCCCCUAUUUUUUCCAUGGCUGUGGGCAUGCCGUUUACAACAACUCUCUCUACUACCACAAAGGAGGCUCCAAAACCAUAGUGAGAUUUGAAUUUGGCAAAGAAACAUCCCAAACCCUGAAGCUUGAAAAUGCCUUGUAUUUUGAUCGAAAAUACCUCUUUGCAAAUUCCAAGACUUACUUCAAUUUAGCUGUAGAUGAGAAGGGGCUUUGGAUUAUCUACGCUUCAAGUGUGGAUGGCUCGAGCAUUCUUGUAGCACAACUGGACGAGAGGACAUUCUCUGUGGUGCAACACAUCAAUACCACGUACCCCAAAUCCAAGGCCGGCAACGCCUUCAUCGCCCAGGGCAUCCUCUACGUCACGGACACCAAAGAUAUGAGGAUAACAUUUGCCUUUGAUUUGUUAGGAGGGAAGCAGAUCAAUGCAAACUUUGAUUUAAGAACUUCUCAGUCUGUUCUUGCCAUGUUAUCGUACAAUAUGAGAGACCAGCAUUUAUAUUCGUGGGAAGAUGGCCAUUUAAUGCUUUAUCCUGUGCAGUUUUUGUCAGCUACAUAAAACCAGUGAUGGGAUGCAUUCUUUUCCCUCCCCUCAGUAAAUUUCAGGCGUUCUCUGGCACCAUUUGUAUCCCAACAGAACACUUGUCUUUAAGGGUAGCCAGGCACUUAGCUGUCAUAAUCUCAUGACGUGAAUGUUUAUAUGGUCAGUGAAUCCCCUUUAAAUUCAGAUUCCUUAGGGGGAAAUAGCAACAGAUUGUAAGUCAAAAUGGCUGAGAUUUGGUAAUUCCUCCACAAACUAUCUGAGCAAGUUACCUCUUCCUCUUUGGGCCUUGUUUUCCCCACCGGUAAUAUGAAAAGACUGGGUAAGAUGAUUGGUAAGAUUUCCUCUACCUGUAGGGAAUUCUGUGGUUCUUGGCUGUUGCUGCUCGCACAACUUGUAUAUUUUUGGUUUUUAGCCACACGCUGAACAAAUUUACCUCUGAGUUGAGAAGCCCAGUUGCUUGAGCAAUGAAUUCCUUAGUGCUGACUUAGAGUUGGUGCCUUAGGUCACUGAGGUACCAUAUUACCCAGAAUUAUACUACCUUUCUCUGCAUCUGUACCUGCACCUCCUGCCAGUGCCAGAAUGGCUGUUAUCCUCAGCUCCUGACUGCUGCCCAAGGUUAGCAAAAGCCAGGCACACAGCUACACGCUCAGGUUUCCUAACGAAACAGAAACAGGCCCUUCUGUGUUCCUAGCCAUUUCUGAUCCUGUUGAUACGCAGCUGUGAGUCAUAAACAUGGAAUCCUCAGGUCACACUGGCUUCUUUAACCACAGCUAUGGAUCAGAGUACUAAAGAUUGUGUGAUGGAGCAUUAAUCUGGCAGUUUUCAGAAGAGAGCCACCAUUUGUGGUUAUUAUCUAGAAUAGGGAUGAGCAAACUAUGGCCCUCCGUCCAAAGCCAGCCCAUUGCCUGUUUUGUAAAUAAAGUUUUACUGGAACACCGUCACAUGCAUUUGUAUUAUAGUUUGUGCCAACUUUGGCUAUACAAUGGCAGACCUGAAUCAUUGCAAGAAAGUUGAGAGAUGGCCCGCAAAACCUAAAACAUUUACCCUCUGGCCCUUUCCAGCAAAAGUUUCCGACUGCUGAUCUAGAAUAUAAAGUGAGCCUGAUUCUUGCAAGGCCUUAUUCACCAGAACCUGCUUACUAUGUUUUGUUCUGUUCCAGACUAAGAAGUGGUCAUUUAGAUGGUUUGAGUUUUUGGUAAAGGGGAGUGAGAACAGCACAAAAUUAAGUGGCCCUCCCAAAAAGCAGUUCAUGAACUGUUCUUUCCCUAAUGUAGCUUUGAACGAUGUGCUCUGGUCCUUUUGGAUACCAGGAGAAAAUCCAGUUGUUUAACUUGCUCCUAAAUGCCCUUAAAUACGUAUAUUUUUUGCCAACUCAGUUCUUCAAACAUCCUUCAGCCAGGCACUGAGGUCCAAGCAUGGCCAUUGAGAGGAGAGAGGAAUCUGGAAAUUUCCUGGAGUCCUGCAGCCAGGAAGGGGACCUAAGGAAAAAUCUCCUGAAAAGAUUUUUCAUCAAUUUGCCUUCACUGAAUUCACAUGCACUGAAGGAAAGCUUCAAAAACGUUUCCACCGGGUCCAAAUCCACCUCAGUGGCCCUUAGUCUUGAUUUUAUACCUUAUUAAUAGAAGCAUUUUAAAACUCAGGGGAUGUACAGAUUUAAAUAUUUAAAUCUUCCCACCCCCUGAAAAUACCUAGGCAGCUAUUAGGGACUUUUUUAUUGUUAUGUUCUCAAAAUAAUGGAUAUUUGAAAAAUUUUUCCCCACUUUUUAAUUAGAUUGGUUGUGCCAUGUCAUCACAGCUUUUAAAACAUACUCUUUUUGGGUUGAUGUUUUGUUAUAAAGUAAAAGAGUUUCAUGUUGAAGAUCAACAUGCCUUAUGAACGCUAGUCUUCUUUUAAAGUAUUCAUAUGUGUUGCUGUUUCUGGACACAGGGGACCUGGAAUGAAUAUAAUUUCAUAGUGAUAGUCAUAUUAGUAAUGGUAAUAUGUACAAUACUAAUUAUAUAUAUAUAUAGUAGCAACCAAAAGAGGUUUUAUUGAAUUAGCAUAUAUUCCUUUUAGAAAAAAAGUUUUAGCAACCCCAGUGUUGAUAGCUGAGCUAUCUCGGCUCCCUUAAUUGUGGGUAAGGAAGCACAAACUCAAGACUAGAGAAGCUCAUACUGGGAUUUUUUUUUUUUUUUUUUGCUAUGGCAGAGUAGUAUAAGGACAACCGAGUUUGAUCAAGGCUUAAUGGAUCAUUUUAUAAUGUGGUUGAAAGUUUGUCUUUACAGAGUGAAAAAAAAUUAAGAUGGUACUCAUUCUUUCCUGCAAAUAGUACUUUAUAGAAAAUACAAAAGGUUUGGGCUCACUGCUAAAACAGAGCGUUUUCAGUCAAGAUAUCAUUUUGGCAGUUUACGCUCUCACUUAGAACCAAAGUUGCUUCAAAGCAUUUUCCAAAUAUCUGCACUGCUGAUGUCAGAAGCAAACCAGAGAAUUCUCUAAUGCUUCUUCAGUCUAAGGCAGAUAACGUCCCGCUGGAAAGUAAAUAAAACCAUCCCUCCCAGCCUCAAAGGUGGGCCGGGCCCUGUCUCAAAGCGUUUCCUUUCAGGCUGAUGAUGCGGCCUGUUGCAGCCGUGCAGGUGGUUAUGGUCUCAGUGUAUCACCAAGCACGGGUGUGAUGACAGAAAGAGUUCUGGGGCGAAAGUUCUAAAAUGAGGAGCUCUGAUUGUAGGCACCUUCCUGGUCAGUGACCUUCGAGGUUACAGGGUGAAAAGUCAGAUGAGACACCAUGAGUCUUCAAGAGCCAGGUGGCCUUUUCCAACUGCACAGAGUACACUUGGGCUAUGACUAUGGGAGGUCCAGCCAUGGGAGGGAGAAGUGCGUGAUCCGGCUCUUGACUUUCCAUCCAGCUGCCGGGACCUGGUGUAUCAUAUCGUUAAAAGUCAUCCUUUCCGAUCUGUAACCACAGAUUCUGAACCACAAGUGAAUAAUGGUGAAUGUCUCUUUUUUGGUUGUAAUUUAUUUAACUUGAAUCUAAUUAGUCAAUAAAAUAAUCAUGGCUGAGCACCA